AUGUAUAAUUCCAGCCAGUUCAGAGAUGUUCCGGAUCACCAAGAAGUCUUUGUCGCUGAAGUGGCAGAAAGCAAUAUUAUGUUUGACCUACUUGAACCAGACGAAGAUGCAACAGAUAUCCAAUCUGCAGCAAGAUAUCAUUUUGAGCAGUUGUCUAGAGAUAACGAGGCCGAUCCAAACCAUACUCGUAUUGUAUUGGAGCGAACCAUUCCAGAGACCAUGCUUUCAAGCACCAUGUAA